AUGUCACUCCCUCUCAGUCCGACGGGUGGCAGCACUGAUCCAAAGGUGCCUGCUGAUUUAAAAACAAAGGAGAAGAAGACGUCCUUCUCGAAGAUGUCGGAGUACGCCACCGUUCAGAAGGGUACCCUGAAAUUAAAAGGUGCAGGAGUCUCUUCAGCUGGGAAAAAGAAGAAGAAGAAGGAUAAGGAGAGUAAGCAUCGUUUGGAGCAGGUGGAGACCAAUCAAAACGAUGAGGAGGGGAAAGCCAAGAAAGCAUAUAUUGACAAAAGGACACCUGCACAAAUUGCUUUUGACAAGAUGCAAGAGAAGAGGCAAAUGGAGAGGAUUUUGAACAAAGCAUCAAAGACACACAAACACAGAGUUGAGGACUUCAAUCGCCAUCUGGACACCCUGACAGAGCAUUAUGAUAUUCCCAAAGUCAGUUGGACCAAAUGAGGGAGGAGAAAAUGUUCACUCUGUUGUUUUGUUUCCCAAUUAUACAAAAAGCUGCCAGGUCACAUUUUUGAAGUGUAUAAUGUUAUUACUUGUUUUAUAUAUUUGCCAUUAAAAUUCAUUUUCAUUGGCAGCCAUUUGUUGUUUUGCUAUAUACAAUAAAGAAUUUUAGUGAA